AUGCCUAAUAAAACCGUGCUAUUUACCCCUGCUCAGUUUGUGGGCGCUGUGAAUCCCAGUAUAGGUUUGGCUGAGGUAUUGCGAGACACCGGUCGAUACCACUGUGUGUUUGCGGUUAACAACGAUUGGAAGUCACGGCUCGAGUCCAUUGGCUUUGAGGUGAGACUUAUUGGACAGCCGGUGGACAGGGAUGCGACCACUAAUCGGAUGGGAUCGGCUGAAAGUAAUUAUAAAGAGAUUGAGGCGUCGGGCCUCAUAGAAAACAUCACUCCAUUGGAAAACGCUAUUCGUAGUAAUGAUUGGGCCGUAAACUUGGGUCUCAAAGAGAUUAUAGAAACGGAUCCAUUGGUUAAGGCUAUUAUAGAGGACCUGAAACCUGAUGUCAUAAUAAGUGACCUGCUCAUUCAAUUACCUUCUAUAUACACAUCAGGCAUACCCUGGAUAUUCAGUUGCAGUGCUAAUCCAUUGUACUUAAACUACGGUUACCUGGAUAAUAUACUUCCACCAGCAUUCUUAGGAUUGCCGACAAAUAGUGGGACAGAAGUGAAGGAGAAAUACAGACAACAAGUUUGGGAAAGAAGUCGUGAAAAGUGGUAUAAAUAUAGGGAUCAAUUGGUUUCCAUGGGAUGUCCCAAACUUGAGGAAUUCUUAAUCUGGACCCCUUCCCCAUACGCUAACAUUUAUAUGACACCUAAAGAACUGGAUUAUACGGACAUCAGACCACUUCCCGACACUUUCCAUGGAUUUGAUAAUUUUAAACGAACCGAAAAUGAAGACACGUUUGAAAUCCCGGAAAGCCUUAAGAAUAGAUCCGGAAAACUGAUUUAUCUAUCGUUGGGAUCCAUUGGAUCCGGAAAUGCA